CCACAGUCAAAAUGGCCGCUACACUUCACCGGCUAGAGAUUCGCGAGGUGCUCGACCCGAUUCCAAGAUGGCGAAGCGCCGUUGGCGUGAGGUGAGAGUUGUCUGCGUCACGUGACAGGCAAGACGGGGGUGUGUGUAUCCCCGUCGUGUGUCCCGGCGGAAGAGUGAAGGGAGUCGGCUGAACGGUAACAUCUUACAGCAAAGGGAAAAUAAAGCGGCGCGACUAGCGCUGGAGAACCGGAGACACGCCAGUCACCACGGAUUCAUCCGUAGCCAACACGGCGGCCGGGGCGCAGCCACCUUCGCUGCCUCCGCCGCCGCCUCCUCCAUCGAGGAUGUCGCGCAGAAAGAGAAAUGCAGGAAGCAGUUCAGAUGGAACAGAAGACUCAGAUUUCUCUACAGACCCAGAGCAUACAGACAGUUCAGAAAGCGAUGGUGCAUCACGCCAGUCUGCCCGUGUGACACGAUCUUCUGCUAGGCUCAGCCAGAGCUCUCAAGACUCCAGCCCAGUUCGCAAUCCACCAUCAUUUGGAGCAGAAGAGCCUGUUUAUUCUACUCGGAGAGUAACCCGCAGUCAGCAGCAGCCCACACCUGUAACUCCAAAGAAAUAUCCACUGCGACAGACCCGUUCAUCUGGCUCAGAAACGGAGCAAGUGGUUGAUUUUUCUGAUAGAGACACAAAAAAUGCAGCUGACCAUGAUGAGUCCCCACCCCGCACUCCAACUGGGAAUGCUCCUUCUUCAGAGUCUGAUAUUGAUAUCUCUAGUCCCAACAUGUCACAUGAUGAAAGUAUUGCCAAGGAUAUGUCCAUGAAAGAUUCAGGGAGUGAUCUAUCCCAUCGUCCCAAACGACGUCGUUUCCAUGAAAGCUAUAAUUUCAACAUGAAAUGUCCCACCCCUGGCUGCAAUUCGUUAGGACACCUGACAGGAAAACAUGAGCGACACUUCUCUAUAUCUGGAUGCCCUCUGUAUCAUAAUCUUUCAGCUGAUGAAUGCAAGGUGAGAGCACAAAGCCGAGACAAACAAGUGGAGGAGCGGAUGCUUUCUCACCGACAGGAUGACAACAAUAGACAUGCUACCAGGCACCAGGCACCAACUGAAAGACAACUGAGAUACAAAGAGAAAGUAGCAGAGAUGAGAAAGAAGAGGAAUGCAGGCUUAACCAAGGAGCAGAAGGAAAAAUACAUGGAACACCGACAAACCUACGGUAACACUAGAGAACCCCUUUUAGAGAAUCUGACUAGUGAGUAUGACCUAGAGCUAUUCCGACGAGCGCAAGCAAGAGCUUCUGAAGAUCUCGAAAAGCUGCGACUUCAGGGCCAAAUCACUGAAGGCAGUAAUAUGAUCAAAACAAUUGCUUUUGGCCGCUAUGAACUGGACACCUGGUACCAUUCUCCCUACCCAGAGGAGUAUGCCCGGCUUGGGCGCCUCUACAUGUGUGAAUUCUGCCUCAAAUAUAUGAAGAGUCAGACAAUACUUCGCAGACACAUGGCAAAAUGUGUCUGGAAGCAUCCUCCAGGGGAUGAAAUCUACCGCAAAGGUUCAAUCUCAGUAUUUGAAGUAGAUGGGAAAAAAAACAAGAUAUACUGCCAAAACUUGUGCCUUCUGGCAAAGCUCUUCUUGGACCAUAAGACUCUGUAUUAUGAUGUUGAACCAUUUCUUUUCUACGUCAUGACAGAAGCUGAUAACACAGGCUGCCACCUAAUAGGCUAUUUUUCCAAGGAGAAGAACUCAUUUCUCAACUAUAACGUUUCUUGCAUACUGACAAUGCCUCAGUACAUGAGACAGGGUUAUGGCAAAAUGCUUAUCGACUUCAGCUAUUUACUCUCCAAAGUGGAAGAGAAAGUUGGUUCUCCGGAAAGGCCCCUCUCUGACUUAGGACUUAUUAGCUACCGUAGUUACUGGAAGGAGGUUCUUCUCCGUUAUCUGCAUAAUUUCCAAGGCAAAGAAAUCUCCAUCAAAGAGAUCAGCCAAGAGACAGCUGUCAAUCCUGUUGACAUUGUUAGCACUCUGCAAGCCCUUCAGAUGCUCAAGUACUGGAAAGGCAAACAUUUGGUCCUAAAAAGACAGGAUCUUAUUGAUGAAUGGAUAGCCAAAGAGGCCAAGAGGUCCAACAGCAAUAAAAUCAUGGAUCCCAGCUGUUUGAAAUGGACCCCUCCCAAGGGCACUUAAUUAACCAGUCUCUCCAAGAAGUGUGAACACCCCACUCAUGUGCUGCUACCAUCAUCACUGUGGGUACUUUUUCUUUUCCCAGCACUAGAAACAUCCUUUCAGAUCUUGGACAUGUGAUUGCUCUUGGUAUCAGCUCCCCCUUUUCAGAUGUUCCUGUGGUGUUUCUCUUUUUUUAGAACCUUUUUGACCAGACACCUUGUCCAUGAGGCAAGAUUGAAAAGAUCAGAGAGUUCUGGACAAUAUUAAUGUGGCCUCAAGAAGGUGCAGUAAGAUUUACUUGCUCCUCCAUCAACGGUAUGCUCCUAGCACACAAACUUGGGUUGCUUCUCACAUUUUUAGUUUUAUAACUUGCUGCUUCUGUUGUAGCCCUCUGAGAUGUUGUCCACCUAUGCAGUACAGUGGGAUUGCAAAUGUGGUGGAAAGGAUCAUACUGCUUCAUCUUACAGAUGGGGGGGCGGGAGCAGAGAAAGAUCAGUUUUAGAUUUCUCUGUUAAAACAAAGGAAAGCUAGUGAGGCCAGGGACAAAAGUUCUCAUCACUCCCGUUUCUGUACUAGUUUUCAUCUGCACGUUUUUAAUAGAUAAGAGAGCACUCAAAAAACAACAGUCCUCUGCCUGUCUCCUGAAAUGCUCCAGUCCAUUCUAUUCACCCUACACUUCCCUGUCAUUCUGCUGCAUGUUUAUAUACAGUCUAAAUGUAGGUCCGUGAGACUAUUUCCCUACCACAUGGUGACAAGGUAAAAGUAGGAAAUGAUCCAAUACUUCCUGGAAUCCUGAAUUGCUUCUGGAUGAGCAAAUUUCUCACAUUUAUUUGCAGGAGUUAAAACUUAUUUGAUCUUGGCACUUCUUUAUGCCAGCAUUCUCUCCACAACACUCUUCAGUCCACCAUAGGAGCUGAUGGGCAAGGAAGUCUCCAAAGUGCCGUUGAUUUCUGAGAAUGGUCAUGGGGUUUAUAAUUCUAGACACAGGGUAUCAGAAACAAUGAAUCAGCCCUCUGUGAACUGGCUGAUGGAUUUUGUAGCCAAAACAACCAGGUUCCUGAGGGAGAGGUGACAGGCAGGAAGAUACUGCAUUACCUGGUCUUGGUUGCAUGCCUGAAUGGGAAGACAAGAUGCCAUCACUGGGUCUGUUGUCAUUUUGGUCACGUGAUCCUGAUGGCAGCUUUUGAACAGGCUCUGACUGCCAAUAUACUUCAAGAGUCAAUUAACUUUGUGGGAAAGAAGAUUGCAAGAUCAACAUUCUAGCCUUGGCAUAGCAUCAUCCUACUAAUUUGGCAUACCUCAUCCUUUUGGACUUGCUGCUUCAAAGGAAGCUAUGCUUGAAGCCCAAGGAAUAUGCGUAGGAACACAGUAGAGUCCAUCAGCUUAGCAGGAGGGGCACUGCUCCUUUUGCCAAAUUGUUCAUCUGCAAUAGAUUGCUAGGUACAUUUGGCAGCUUUGUAAUUUAUGAUUCAAUUCAUGAAGCUGCUGGAUCUGCUGGUGCCAGAUCUCGGGACAAUUUGUUGCAGCAGACUGAAUGUAGACUUAAUGAUGGCUUGUGUUUUUUGGCCAUACAUGGGCAAUUUGCAGAUUUUCCCUGCCAGUGAGAUUAUCCUGGUCCAAUAACUUCCUUGUUCUUUUUUCAAGGAGUAUGUAAGGAGAUCAGCUAUGCUGUUCCAUACAUGAAUGUUGAGAGCUAGCUCGGAAGCUGUUGAGGGCAGGCAGAUAGUUGUGGGCGUUUUUGAACUAAUGGUUUGUUGUUUCGCAAAAGAAAAGGAAUAUCCACUACAAAAGGCACCAAAGAUAUAUUUUAAUCUCAUUUUAAGAUUUGGUACCUGGAUGUUUGUCAUGACUCCAGCCUUUGGAAAUUGUGAAAAAUUAAAAAUAAAACUUCAGAAACAACUGUGGUAGAUCCCCAGCAUCAGUUCUAUAGUAAUUGUGCCCCUUUUCAAGGAGAGUGCAUUCAUCUUUUAAAUAAAGUCUGAAUUAUCCAAAUUAUGGGGAGUCCUCUAUCAGUAACAGGUAAUAUUUACUUAUAGUGGCUGGGAGAGAUGGAAGAGAACAGAGGAAAGUUUUUUGUCCAAUGAAAAGAGAUUUGUAAGCUUUCUGUUAAGAUGAAUACUCUUGGCCAUUGUAAGUCAGGUACCACAAGUGUCUUAAUUUGCCCAUGUCUAAAACCUCUGUCUUCCUGAAGUACCAAAAAAAAAGAAGAGGAAAGCUGGCCAGUCUGCUACACUAUUAUCCACCGGUUCCACUUUUGUAUAGCUGGCAAUAUAUGCAUAAUGAAUUGGAUUUCUGAUAGUCUUUGCAAGGCUUCUUUCCCUUUUGCAUGCACUAUCGGUGUAAAGUUAUGUCUUUGAAAACAUUCAGCUGCUGGACUGUGUCUCUGCACUCUCUGCUAUAUUUGGUUGCUUUACUGGCCAAUCGUUUGGCCGCAGUUGUGCAUGAUAUACAGUAAUAUCCCAGUAUUUGAGAUGGGAGCCUAUUCCCCUAAAUGCUGAGGUGGUGUUGCACAAAGCAAUUAGGGCCCCACCAGUGUUCCAGUCAUGAGACACAGAGUAACCUGGGACUGGGAGUACACUUGCGUGCCACAGAUCAAAGAGGCCACAGUGGAGAUUGAUGGAUGGGUAAGUGUGUCCCAGCUUGCUCUCAGGACCUUUACAUCCUGGGUUUGAUCUUAAGAUAGCUUCCUGUCCUUAGGCGGUGAUUUUUUUUCUUCCUGACAUGGUGGACCAUGCAAAGAGACAGUAUGUUUUAUCUGUUUGGGGGCUGCAGAACAAUGGGCUGGUGCAUUCUGAACUCUAACUGCAAUUUCCACAAAAAGGAGGAGCGUAGUUUUUCAUGGUAAUGUUUGGUGACAUACUUCCCAUGUACUUCGCUCAGAUGAAACAUCCUGGAGCUAUAAUUAUCCAUAUGCUAUGCUUUUAACUUCUGCCUGGUGUGCAAUUGUCAAAGUAGACACCUGCAUGACACACAACCUGUUUUCAGCUGGAUAUUUUUUUAAAAAAAUAUUGUCCUCUUGUCUCUCAUCUUGAGAAAAAAACGGAAAGGCACUCCAUCUCCACCAAGGCUUCUUACCCAAGCAUUCCUGUCUGUUGGUUCUUGUGUUUGGUUUUGCCUUUUUAUUGCCAUCCUCGAUCUGUCAGAGUUUCUCUUUCUCUGCACAUUUUCUAGCAAUUGUCCUCAGCUUCUAGAUUAUUGCAAAUGAUGGGGUAAUGCUCUCUUUUGUGACGAAGGGAGGCUGGCUGUUCUUGUACAGAAGCAAAACUGUUUUCCUGGAUAUUUUAGAAUAUGCUACAAGUGUAUCAACUUCUCAAUAAAGCAUGUUCUCUGCUCUCACUUUCUUGCCAAAAGUAUUAUUCUGAAAGGAUUGCUUGGGAUGUAUUGACCUCUAAGCAAGUUUUUCUAGACAGUACUCCCCCUUGGAACCAAUGUAACUUGGGUGGAUUAAGUCACCUCUUUUAUCUGUUGUGCUUCUGUAGCAUAUUCUACAUUGCACACCCAAGAGACCAAAAGGAAGACUAGAUGGGAAGACUCAUUGCCUGGUUGUCAAGCACAGGGUUUACAUAUAAAAGUCUUGGGAUUCAAGCUCCUUGAAACUCCAUUUAGAAAGAUCAUGAGGAAGUAAGUCAGAAAGUCCUCUAGUAAUUUGCUGAAUGGAUCAGUUGUUGACCACUGGUUUAGCUCAGAGAAUCCCUGGACAAUGCAGCUUGCUUUGAGCCUCUAUUCUUUACUGAGGCCACAAGUGACCAAGAAUAAUUUUGUAUGAGAGAUUGAUGGCAGGUGUUUCCGCCCUUUUCCAGCUCAAAGAACACAAUUUGCCUUUGAUGUGUUGGGAAUGGGGUCAGGAUGAAAACCAGAUUAAAUUGCUUCUUAUACACUGCUCAGUGUCAAUUGGGCUGGUUUACCAAUAUUGUAAAUAAAUAAGUUUU